AUGAAGAAAAAAAUUUGCCGUGAAUUGAUCACUCAAAUCCUUGCGAGAAAACCCAAAAUGUGUGCUUUUCUCGAAUACAAGGAUCUCAAAAUUGUUUAUAAGAGGUACGCAUCGCUCUAUUUUUGCUGUGCCAUCGAACAGACAGAUAACGAGUUGAUAUGUUUGGAGGUUAUUCAUAGAUAUGUGGAAUUACUGGACAAAUACUUCGGAAGCGUUUGCGAACUUGACAUUAUUUUCAAUUUUGAGAAGGCCUACUUCAUACUUGACGAGUUCUUACUUGCCGGUGAGAUUCAGGAAACGAGUAAGAAGCAGGUUCUGAAGGCGAUAGCUGCCCAGGAUCUCAUUCAAGAGGAAGAAACGCCUCAGGGCUUGUUUGAAGACCACGGACUCGGAUAA